AGAGUCAGCCCACGACGUCGGAUGAGACGGUGGUGGCUGGUGGCACAGUGGUGCUUAAGUGCCAAGUGGAGGACCCUGAUGACUCCUCGCUGCAGUGGUCCAAUCCUGCCCAGCAGACCCUCUACUUCGGGGAGAAACGAGCCCUGCGGGAUAACAGGAUCCAGCUGGAGAGAUCCACUCCCAACGAGCUGACCAUCAGCAUCAGCGAUGUGGUGCUAUCGGACGAGGGGGAAUACACCUGCUCCAUCUUCACCAUGCCCGUGAGGACAGCUAAGGCCCUGGUCACUGUGCUGGGAAUCCCUCAGAAGCCCCAAAUCUUUGGCCAUGAACAGCCCUUCGAUGAGGAGAAGAAGGCCCAGCUGAUCUGCAGGACCUCGGGCAGCAAACCUGCAGCCCAGCUGCGGUGGAGGAAGGGCAACAUGGAGCUGGGGGGUGCGAGCAGUGAGGUGGUGGAGGAUGCCAAUGGCAAGACCUUCACUGUGACCAGCAGAGUGGAGUUCCCUGUCACCAAGGAGGACAACGAGGUUGAGGUGACCUGCACAGUGGACCACGAGUCCCUGCAGAACUCAGAGAGGUCAACCACACAGAAGCUGCAGGUCCACUACAAGCCAACAGCAAGGAUUGAACCACACCCCCAGUACCCACGAGAGGGAGAGAAGCUCCAGCUGCAGUGUGAUGGACAGGGCAACCCCGUCCCCCAGGAGUUCCUGUGGGAGAAGGAGGGCAGUGAUGCUCCCCUGCAGCUGAGCUCAGACAGCGUCCUCAUCUUCCCCUUCCUCAACAAGAGUGACAGUGGCACCUACGUCUGCACAGCCACCAGCUCCAUGGGCAGUGUGGUGGCCAAGUACAACCUGGAUGUCAGUGAUGCCAGCCCUGUGCCCUCGACCUCCAGCACCUACCACGCAAUGAUCGGUGGUGUGGUGGCUGUCAUCGUCUUCCUCCUGCUCAGUCUCCUCAUCGUGCUGGGACACUACCUGAUCAGGCACAAAGGCACAUACCUGACCCACGAGGCCAAGGGCUCUGACGAUGCCCCCGAUGCCGACACUGCCAUUAUCAAUGCCGAGGGUGGCCAGGCCGGCGGCGAUGACAAGAAGGAGUACUUCAUCUAGGGGUGGCAGAGAG